CGUCGCGCCGGCACGGGUCGGUAUGGGCGCGCGCGCGCGCAGUGCGCCUGCGUACAGACUGAAGGCGGCUUCCCAGUGGCCUCGCGUUAGUUAUGGCGUCCGGAGUGGGCACAGUCGGGUUGGACUGAUCUUUGGACCCGCGAAGAACCUUCCCUGACCCACGGACGUAACCUAGAAACUGUUAGCAGUGUUUGAAGAUGGCCCUGAACUGUAUGACGCAGUCCGCCGGCGAUCACGGGAGCAGGAUGGUCCACCGCUGUUCCCAAGGCGACCUCGGCCAGUGCGCCUUAGCGUUGGCGAUGGUCUCUGGAGACAGCCCCCUGGUUGGCAGACCUGAGCCACUUUAUCCCGGACCUCGGCAGGCGGAGCGACUGAGCGUUGGCUCAGAAGGCCGUGGAAUGCCUCGUGGCCAGAACCCGGCCCACCCUGUAAAGGGAAGAAAACUGAAGGUUGGGAGUCGAAUGGACCCAACCAGAUUCUCACCUUACCUGAUCCCCAGAGGACUCAGUCUGUUAGGAAAUAUGUUGCAGUAGCGUUUGGUUGCAUUUGAAAGGGUCUCAACCCGAAUUUCAGCUUAAGAAGAAUGCUUCCACUUGCUUAGCUUGUGAACAAGGCCGCUCUAACAGUCAUUUCUUGGUGUAACGGCAGUUUUAUUUCUUUAAAAAGAUGUAUUUUCAUUUUAUUAUAAAAAAUGUAUGUAUGCCUUUGUAAUACUGCCUGACUCAAAGGAAACUACUUUUAAUCAAAUGUAGCUGGAGUAAGAGGAGAUAGAAGUUUUCUUUUUAGCUGGGCAGUAAUCCUAUAAUUCGUCCUUUGAUUCCCAUUAGUUGAAACUUAUAAUUCGAGUUUCUUUCCAUAGCUGCCUUCCUCUUUACCUCAGACUCUUCCUUUAACUUGUGUUGGUUUAAAAAAAAGAAAUGUACCUUUUUAUUAAA